ACUUCGUCUUGGUUGGUUCCAUCGACGACUGACUAAAUAGGCUUUGUUGUGUUGUUGUGUUGUGUUGUUUUCCAAUUGAAAAUCGAAAUCGAAAUCCCCACAACACAACCCCUUCUUCUUCUUCAAUUGCGCUGGAGCAGAAUGUGGCCCUCGGCGGAGAUGCUAUCAAACAUAAAGGAAGCAAGUCAAAGCGUGGUGUCGACGCGGCGCCCCUGGCGCGUGUUCCUUGACCCCUCCUCCCUCAGCCUCCCAUCCUCCAUCUCGGAAACCACCACGCGCCUCGCCCACAACCUGACCUACUUCCUCUUCAACUACGCCCUCCUCCUCCUCCUCGUCUUCCUCCUCACCCUCCUCCGCCACCCCUUCCCCCUCCUCCUCUUCCUCCUCCUCUCCGCCGCCUGGUACUUCCUCUACUUCUCCCGCGACGACCUCCCCAUCGCAAUCAUCCCUCUCUCCCUCGUCACCCUCGUCGCUCUCUUUGCCACCGGCGCCUGGCUCUACCUCCUCCUCGCGGUGCUCAUUGCGGCCGUGGUCGUUUUCUUGCACGCUGCGCUCAGGAGUACGGACGAGCUUGUUGGGGACGAUCAAGAAUCCCCUUAUGGUCCUAUGCUUGGUGACACUCCUGCUACUGGUGCCUAUGUCCCUGUUUGAGCUUUUUUAAACUCUUUUUUUUUUUUGUUUGUACAAUUCACUAACAAUCUCAAAUUUAUUCAUCUGCUCUUUCUCUGCUCUGCUGCAUUCCUUUUGUGCAAAUAUUUGGUUUGGUAUUGGAUGGGAUGAUGAUGCCUGUCAAUAUUGAUGUUGUGUCUCAUGAAUUUAACAAUGAAUUGUGAAGCUUCAUGUGGUGCUGGGAAAUGGGAAUGUGUCAUCAUCAUUACAGCAGGGUUUCUAUGUUUUGGAUUUCUUCACUUUAUUACUUUGCUUUGUGAUGUGCUAUGUUGAACUGGAAUAAUGCACAAAUAAUGAAAUUUAAGCAUGUAAUUAUUUUAA